AUGGUUCAGCCGUUAGUACCCGAAACUUUCCUCGAUAGGCGAUAUGUGAGUAGAGCCGAUCUAGGCCUACAUCAGGUUAUCCCCAGCUUCUUUUCAGUCCGCAGACAAGGUGACUAUAGCUCAAAGCUCCUCAAACUUUACCACACGAUGCCCGCAGGAGAUGGGAAAUGUUGCCUAAGUUAUAUGUGCAGCGCAAUCCCAUUGGGUGGGAGGACGUGCUGCGCAUACGAACGAACGACGAAACACAGCGUAUCUCAACACCUAGCACUUGCCUCAUCACAUAUGAUAAUGCCAACGUCAUAUUUAACAAGCUCUUGCACCAUGUGGUCCACUAGCCAUGCUGAGAUCCUCGCAUGA